UUGGAUGAAUUAUCUCGGCCAACCAUGUACGAUCAAAACUUUGGUCUCGGUUUACUAGAUGAUGAUUUACUCCUAGGACCACGUUAUCACGGUCGUAGCCAUUUUCCAGUUUUGUUGAAGUCUUAUCUAAGACCACAUCGCUUAAGUUCUGCUGCACAGAGUGGUUUAUCUUGCAUCCAAAAUGACAAAAACAAUUUCAAGGUGAAUUUGGAUGUCCAGCAGUUCAAGCCAGAAGAAGUGUCUGUUAAAGUUGUUGAUGGCUAUGUAGUGGUAGAAGGAAAACACGAGGAACGCAGUGAUGAACAUGGUUACAUUUCACGUCAGUUUACUAGGCGUUACAAGGUACCAGAUAAUGUUGAUUCAAAUUCUAUUACGUCUACAUUAUCUUCAGAUGGUGUGUUGAGUGUCGGAGCUCCGAAAAAGAUUCCUGAAAAAAGUGCUGGAGAAAGACCGAUUCAAAUUGUUCAAACAAAUCAACCGAGCAUCAAGCAGUCAUCGAACAAGGAUGAAAAAAAUUAUGAGAGUAUGGAAACCAACCAGUAAUUCUAUUUUUUCUUGUAAUGUAAUUAAAGGGUUCAAUGUUAAAAUAAAUUAAUUUAAUAUUACUAUACUUGUAUUGACGGCAAUGUUAAAGUUAAUCAAUAUCGCUGUAUUUUUAAGAGUCCAAUAAUAUUUAUUGUAUAUACAAUUUC